GGCGAGUGACUUAUUGGGCCUCAUACACUCCGAUGUGUGUGGUCCAAUUAGCACUGUAGCUAGAGGUGGUUAUUCUUACUUCAUUACAUUUACUAACGACCUUAGUAGAUAUGGAUAUGUGUAUCUCAUGAAACACAAAUUGGAAUGCUUUGACAAAUUCAAAGAAUUCAAGAACGAAGUAGAAAAACAAUUAGGCAAAAGUAUUAAGACCCUCCGCUCGGAUCGAGGAGGUGAAUACUUAAGCCUGGAGUUCGAUGACUAUCUAAAAGAGCAUGGGAUCUUAUCCCAACUCACUCCUCCAGGGAGACCUUAGUUAAAUGGAGUGUCUGAGAGGAGAAAUCGGACUUUGCAAGACAUGGUCCAAAGCAUGAUUAGUUUGACAACAUUGCCACAAUCAUUUUGGGGAUAUGCAUUGAAAAUAGCAGCACACACACUCAACAGAGUUCCAUUUAAAGCUGUCGAGAGCACACCAUACGAACUAUGGCGUGGGAGAAAACCGAGUUUCUCGUACUUUAAGAUUUGGGGUUGUGAAGCUUAUGUAAAACGUCUCAUGACGUCUAGUAAGUUGGAGCCUAAAUCUGAUAAAGUAAUUUUUGUGGGAUACCCCAAGGAAACUAGAGGAGACGAUUCAAAAUCACAAGAAGGAUAUUUGUUUUGCCUGAAUGGCGGAGCUUUUAGCUGGAAGAGCUUCAAGGAGGAUACAACCGCCGAUUUGACUACAGAGGCUGAGUACAUAGCUGCCGCCGAGACAGCUAAAGAAGCUGUUUGGAUCAAGAAGUUCAUUACUAAACUUGGAGUGGUUCCUAGUAUUAAUGACCCUAUCUCGUUGUUUUGCGACAACACUGGGGCCAUUGCACAGGCAAAGGAACCGCGAUCUCACCAGAAAACCAAACAUAUUGUACGACGCUAUCACAUCAUACGAGAAAUUGUAGACAGAGGAGAUGUGAUGAUUUGCAAAGUAGAUACUGACGACAACAUAGCCGAUCCCCUGACCAAGCCUUUAGGAAAGCUAAAGCAUGAGGGUCACACUAGGUCCAUGGGCAUUUGACCGAUGCCAGAUUGGCCAUAGUGCAAGUGGGAGAUUGUUGGAGUUGUGCCCUGAUGGCCAACUGUUUAUCGUUAUUCUCUCAUGUAUAGGCAGAUAUAAUAUGUUUACACAUCUCAUGCUAAUGUAAACAAAUAUCAUAUUCCUAGAUUUAUAUUUAAAAGAUGUUUAUCGGAUAGUGUUAUUCUGCUGAUGAGACUAACAUCUUGAAAUAAAUAUUUAUCUAAAUG